UUCCCCUUUUCUCUCUUCUCUCUUUAUCUGACACUCUCUCUCAAACACUUCCUCUAUCACCAACCAAUCCACAAAACAUGGCUCUGGAACUGUGGUCAACACUGAAGGAAGCCAUAGUUGCCUACACUGGCUUCUCCCCAACCACCUUCUUCACCCUCCUCGCUAUCUUCUUCGCCUUAUACUACGUCCUUUCAGGCCUCUUUGGCUCCUCCGACACCCACAACCGCCAUGGAACCACCAGGGACUUCGAGCCGCAGAUGGAGCCUCUUCGGCCGCCGGUUCAGAUCGGGGAAGUCACCGAGGAAGAGCUUAAGAGCUACGAUGGCUCUGAUCCCGAGAAGCCCCUUCUCAUGGCGAUUAAGGGUCAGAUCUAUGAUGUUUCACAGAGCAGGAUGUUUUACGGACCCGGUGGACCUUAUGCUCUAUUUGCCGGCAAGGAUGCUAGCCGAGCUUUAGCAAAGAUGUCUUUUGAAGAGAAAGAUCUAACUGGGGAUAUCUCUGGUCUUGGCUCAUUUGAGCUUGAUGCCUUGCAAGACUGGGAAUAUAAGUUCAUGAGCAAGUAUGUAAAAGUUGGAACUAUCAAAACGACAGUUACGGUUACUGCACCAGAAUCCACUACUGGUGAACCAUCAGAAUCUACCACCACCCCUGAUGCUGAUGCUGAUGAUGAUGAUGCUUCCAAACCUACUGAAAAUGGCCCUUCAGAAACUGAAGCUGUUAAAAGUGAUGAAACCCCUUCAAAUAUUGAUGCAGCUAAAGAGUAAAAAGGGUUGGAUAAUUCCCCUCAAGAAAUAAUGGUACACAAUUGCACAAGAGGUUCUGAGAGAAAUUGGUCUGGUCCUUCUUGAAUGUAUUUUGCAUAAGUUUUCCUUUUAGUAGUCUAGUUCUCCCUCCCCUUUUUCCUGGACUUUGCUUUUUUAUUUAUUUAUAAAUAAUGAUUUUUUUAGUGUUUAACUUCACUUGGGUGUAAACUUCCUCACGUACCCCGUAUGGAACUCCAUAUAAUGUGUUACUUAGAGGCCACAAUUAGUGAACAUUUGGGAUUA